AUGGAAAGUGACGAUAUGAAUGAUACAUCUUCUCCCUCAUCCCAGCCAUUUUUCGUUCACGGUGGAUUUCCUUUUGUAUUUCUUCCGAGUACACUCGCAGGAGGUUUCAAUUUUGCUAAUCAUCAUACGCAUGUUUCUUCGGCCAAUGAUCAAUCAACAUCUGAAUCGAAAAAGAAAGCAGAGAACAAUGAUGACGAUGACGACGAUGAAGAAGAAGAAGAAGAAGAAGAACGAACAGAAACUAUUGACGAUGAUGAAGGAGAUCGAAAAGAUGAGAACGACGAAAGCUCAGAUGAAAAAAGUAAUCUUCGCAUUAGUCAACCAAAAUAUAGUCAAUUAUUAAAAGAACUUGAUUUUAGUCAAGCAAGAAUGGUUGAUGUGACAAAUCUUCUAACAAAUGAACUUGAUCAGCCAGAUAGUCAGUCGACUCACAAUGACAACGACAAUGACAAUAAACGACAAACGACUGAUGACGAAAAGUAUCAAAGUCUCUCGUCUGCACGUUCAACACCAUCUCAGGAUGAGCUUUCGAACGCUCCUACCAUCGAUAACAAUGACAAAACCAAAGAAGAUACUCGACUACUCGACGCUGUUCAUGAGAUUGAAAACGAUUUGAAUAAUUUAGCUACGAUUAUUCAAGAAGCAGCAACUGAUAAGAGUCCGAGUGGCGAAGAAGAAGGAGAAGGCAAAGAGGAGAAAUUCACUUCUCAGAAAAAAGCAACAUUCGAUGAAGAAGACGAUACAAGUAAACAAGCGACACAAGAUUAUGAUCUUCACGAAAACGAACAAGAGAACAUCGUCUCAUCGCCGAAAUCUAACAAAGUUCAACAUAUCGUCAAUCAACGUACUUUUGAUCUCACUGAUGAAAACAAACAAACGAUUUCUCAGUUAACUAAACAUGUCGAACCGCAAAAGCCGUCAACAAAUCAGCAGGAUGGAAAAGAGCAAGAACAAGAACAACCACAAUCGUCUCCAGUCACUUGGGAAAACUUACUAUUCGGUACACGAAUAACUGAACAAAUAUCAAAUGAAGGUGCUCCAUCUGAACUUGUUAUUGAAUCCCAUUCCACACCUAAACGAACUCCACAACAGCAACCCAGACCUGCUGUUUCAUCUGAUGAAAAAUCCAAACCACGAACUAGUUCGUUCACUAAACAGAAAUUACCUUCUCGUCCACGUCAAGUAAUCUCAUCAUCCAAUUCAUCAUCCGAUACAGACUCGAUUGUCGAGUAUGCUUUACAUCGAUCGAAAGAAAAACAUUCCGCAUCAUUCCAAAACAAACAGCACAAAGUUCCAUUAAUUCCGUCACAAACUUUAAGACAAGACAGUCAAGCAACGUUGAUCGAUGAAAAUCUCGAUGAGUUAAGUAUUCAAUUGAGACACGUUCUUCACGAUCAAGAACGUUACCCAUCGAAUGAUACAGGAAAAGAUGAACGAACACCCGAUGAUCUCGGCGCAUUUUCAUUUCCAUUAUCACCACCUGAUAUUCUUUCGACUGCGAUUAUCGAUGAUGAAUUACUGAAUCGACAAAAUGAGAGUUUGCUUCGGAACUUGUCAAAUCAACGGCAGAGUCAUAGCCAACAUCGUAGUCGUCAUUCAACCUACGUUCCACAACGUUCAAGCUCUCACCGGAAAAAGAAUAAUCAUCAGCAUCAGCAGCAACAAAAAUAUUCCACGUCACAUCAUAUUGAUCAAGCCGAAGAAAUCAAUACACGAAAUGCGGAUGACGAUUGGUUAACCAUGUUAGACAGACUUGAACGCGAACAUCAAGUACGUAUUGAACAGCAAAGAAAACAGUACGAGGAUUAUAUGCACACGCUCGAGGACAAAAUGAAACGACGCUACGAUGAUAUUACUCUGUUAACACAUGGUUCACAAGAAUCAAGAUCAGAAGAUUAUGAUAACAUGGCACAUACUAAGCGUGUUCCAACAUCAGUACCAACUGAUUUAAAUGUUGGAAAACACUACAGUCAUACUUAUCGGCCAAUAGCUACAGAUCUUGUUUCUCAUUAUUAUCCAGCAGAUUCAACACUCAAUGUUCUUUCGUCCGACACGAAACGAACAGUCAUCACUGAUUAUGUUCCAUCAUCACAACCCAGAGAUGAUACUUUCAACUUUCGUUCGGAUUUACCAUUCCGACAUAGCAAACAUAUUGAUGACAUAAAACUACGUCACGAAUACGAAAUAAAUGAUCUUCGAAGUCAAUUGAAUCGAUCACGAUUGAGUGGUCAUACAUCAAGUGUUGUUCGGCAAUCGAUGAGCACCAUUGAACGUAUCAAUAGUGAAAAUAUUCGUUUGCGCGAUGAAUUGAACGGUGCACGGCACUCAUUGAAGGUCUCGGAUGACGAAAAUGUUGCAUUAAAACGACAAUUAGAUGAAUUACGCGAACAAAUCAAUCACAAAGAUUUGGAUUUGAAAACACAUUAUCGCACAAUUGCCAAUCUCGAGCGGCAAUUAAACGAAUCGGAAAAUAUAAAGGAACGACAGAAUGAAAAGUUACGCCAUGCUGAUAGACAAGCAUCACUGUAUCGAGAUGAAAAUGAGAAACUCAAGAUUGACCUAAAUCGCACACGAGAGCGUCUUCUUCGAUUAGAAGAACGUUCUCGCGAACAGGAAAACGAAAAUGAAACGCUCCGACGACAACUAUUUCUGUUAGAAAGUGAUAAUAAUCGAAUUAAAAAUCGAUUACCUGACGAUCACAAGUUGAGCGUUGCUAAACCUAUUACCAUCUCUCCAUCACAAGAUUAUCAACAUUUCACAGUGACAAACACAACAAAACACGCAUCAUCGACAAUGAGUACACCAAGAGAUGGAAUCAUUGAUUCCACAAGAUACCAAUCAACGGACAAAGGAACUUCAUAUCAUUCACCUCGACCCUUAUCACGAAUCGCUGAUUACUUAGCUGAGAAGUGUCUCCCUUCUCAAUUGCAUGUUUCACCUUCAAGACAUGUUUAUUCGCCGAAAAAAUCAUCACCAACUCGUCGUCGAACGGAAUCCGUACCUCGAAGAGAUUCAUUCGAUCGACAGACAAGACAAACCGAACAAUUAGAACAAAAAUUCGAUCAUUUAUUGAAGAAGAAACGUGAUUUAGAAGCACGACUUCAUCGCAUUCCUUCUCGAGGUUUAACUAGUACUGAUCAUCAACUAUAUGAUGUUCUCGAACGAGAAAUCGAACGUGUCGAUCAACAGAUCAUGACUGUUAAACUCGAUCUUCGCAAAUCCAACACUCUACGAACAUAUUAA